GCAAGAGUUACAACAGGGCAACACAGGAUCUGGGCAUGGACAUGGUGGACCAGUUACCUGGCCACUCUACACGAAAUAAUCAGACGCUCAGACAAAACAAACACUUGACUCUACGCUAAACCCUGGUCUAGAAGAUCGAAAUGCCUACAAGCCAAACUAGAUCUAGGGCGAGAGACCGGAACAACGUACUGAACAGAGCGGAGUUCAUGUCUCUCCAGCAGCCGCUGAGAAGCAGCAGUAACGCCGAAGCUCGUGCGCGGAGGCCGUCACACAAACAGCCGCAGUAUGCACACGCAAGCGGCGGAGACGGCAUGCAGCAGGAGUCGGGAGACAGCAGCAAGGACAGAAAAGAGCUCCCGGAGGAGGACUGCAUGCAGCUCAACCCAUCCUUCAAGGGCAUCGCGAUGAACUCUCUGCUAGCCAUAGAUAUCUGCAUGUCAAAGCGACUCGGCGUGUGCGCGCAUGCGACAUCGUCAUGGGGCAGCGCGCGCGCCAUGGUCAAACUGCUCGCGCUCACCGGCCACGGCAUCCCGUGGAUAAUCGGCACGCUGGUGUGUCUCACCAGGAGCAACACACUAGCUGGCCAGGAGGUUUUAGUCAAUUUGCUGCUUGCUCUCUUAUUGGAUGUGAUGACUGUGGCAGGAAUGCAGAAGUUGGUGAAACGCAAAGGACCCUGGGAGAUAUCACCCAGUUUCCUUGACUACCUGGCCAUGGACAUCUACUCCUUCCCGGCAGCACACGCAAGCCGUGCAGUCAUGGUGUCUAAGUUCUUGUUAGCACACUUGGUUCUUGCGGUUCCUUUGCGCAUUUUGCUUGUUCUGUGGGCCGUGCUGGUGGGUAUGUCACGUGUACUACUGGGCCGCCACCACCUCACAGAUGUAGGAUGUGGCUUCGCUUUAGGAUUUCUCCAUUACAGUCUAGUGGAGAUGGUGUGGUUGUCUUCCAGCACAUGUCAGGCUUUAAUCUCUAUUGGGACACUUAACUGGAGCCCCCUGUAUUGAUCAGUGUGUGUUUACCUGCAGCCUUUUAAUCAGGCUAAAAUCUGUGGGCCCAGUGCCCAUACUGCAGAGUUACGGUGAUCAUGCAUUUGUGCAUAUCUGGAGAGAAUCUAAAAUAGUUUUGAAACUUGAAAUAAACAUUUUAUUCUCUGCAAAGCUAUAUAGACCUGACAAUUGGGAGGCAGUAGGUAUGCACACAGGCUGAAAAUUUGAUGUAAACACAUCAAGGUCCAUGCAAUGAAUUCUAAUGUUUUGCAUGGUGAUAAGGCAAAAACAUCUUUGUGCAAUGGAUGUGAUUAUUUGCUUUGCUUUUUUGUGUUGUUGCUGUUCUGAGUGAGAGGAUUUUUGCUCAGGGAUUUUUGCAACAGCAAUAUAUUGUGUCAUACAAAAUCUGUUUUAUUUUCAACUGAAUAUCAUUUUAGAAUAAAACUUCAAAUAUUGGAGGUAAAAGGAAAAAAAAGCUUGCUGUCAAGAAAAAAAAUCUACAAUGAAGUAUAUACAUAUGUAUGUACAUUACUGGAGCUCUUUCACAUACCUGCAAGACUUGUGAUUUAUUAUGAGCCUUUGACAGAAGUGCUAUACUGUGUGAGACUGCUGUGUGUUUGGAGGGAGAGAGAGAGCGAGCUGUUACUUUUAUAUUGUUUAUUUAUUAACCUAAAGUAUGCAAGAAUGUUUGAUAGAAAAAUCUAAAUCCAGAAAAACAUAAUGCAUUGUUCCAGUAUAAAUAAUUAUAC